AUGCCAUCAACUACCGAAGAGGACCACCCCUCAGAAUAUAACAACUACCCUUUAAGAGAGGCCCAACAAACGAAUCCAAACGAAUCAUGUCCAAAUUCGGGUGACCACGCAGCACCUGCACCACAUGCAUCUGCUGCGCAGCGCCUCUCCAAACACGCAACCCACAUCUACACCGUCUCCUAUCUAGUCUUCUUCUCGCUCCUGGGCACACUAGCCCGCCUAGGCUUACAGGCACUGACAUUCUACACAGGCGCCCCCGUCGUGACAGGGGUGCUAUGGGCGAAUGUAAGCGGAAGCCUGGUAAUGGGGUUUCUGAGCGAAGACCAGAAUCUCUUCCGCGAGGAGUGGGGCCAGAAAUCAGCGAAAGAACCAGCUCCGGACGCAGUCGAGAUCGAGCCCAAGAUUAGGAACAAGAACCACCUGGCUGUGAAGAAGACAAUCCCAUUGUAUAUUGGUCUAACGACCGGGUUCUGCGGUUGCUUCACCUCCUUCUCAUCCUUUAUGCGGGACGUCUUCCUCGCCCUAGCAAAUGCCCUCCCCGAUCCAUCGCUACCUACUGGAUCCCACAUCGCCUCCCGUAAUGGCGGGUAUAGCUUUAUGGCGCUGGUCGCUGUGAUUAUACUCACCGUGUCGCUGAGCCUGUCGGCGCUUAUCGUCGGCGCGCAUCUUGCUCUGGCUCUAACCCGUGUGACACCCACCGUACCCUUUGCAUUCACGCGACGAGUCCUCGACCGUGUUGUGGUCGUGCUUGCCUGGGGAUGUUGGCUUGGAGCUGUGUUCCUGGCCAUCUGGCCGCCAGACCGACAUAAUGGCCCGAAUGUGUGGCGCGGCCGGGCGGUGUUCGCUCUCGUCUUUGCGCCGCUUGGUUGUCUCCUUCGGUUCUACGUAUCGCUGCACCUGAAUAGCAGGAUUCCGACCUUUCCGCUCGGCACGUUUGCGGUUAAUAUCUUUGGCACUAUCAUCGAGGGUCUUUGCUAUGACUUGCAGCAUGUUAGUGGUCUUGGCGCGGUGGUUCCUGCUGCUCUAACGGGUUGCCAGGUGCUGCAGGGUGUUAUGGAUGGAUUCUGCGGGAGCACGACUACUAUCAGUACUUGGGUUGCUGAGUUGAAAGGAUUGGCUCAUCGGCGCCAUUCGUAUUUGUAUGGAAGUGCCAGUGUGCUUGUCGCGCUUGGGUUUUUAGUUGUUAUCAUGGGCUCGUUGUUGUGGACGCGUGGGUUUGCCGAGCCUGUGUGUGGAUAG